UCAGCUCGUUCUUCGAUGAUGGAGUCCCAGAAUUCAAACCUGAACUGUGCCAUAUGCCUGGAGCGUUUCGGGAUCCCUGUGACCAUCCCCUGCGGACACACCUUCUGUCAGAAGUGCAUAACCACCCACUGGGACACCAAAAGCAAGGCCAACAUCGGACCUAAGUGCCCCAUUUGCAACCAUGAGUUUGUCACCAGGCCCAUCCUCAAGCGUAACGUGUCCCUGUCGGUCCUGACCGAGGCUGCGAACAGUGGCGGCCCGUCCUGCAGGGAGUUACUCAUGAGGGGAAACGAAGGGUUCAGAGCCAUGCUGCUGUGUGAUCGCCAUAAAAAGCCUCUGGUUUAUUAUUGCAGGCAGGAUAAAAUGUCUGUGUGCUGCGAGUGUGGUAUUGCAGAAUGUGCGGCUCAUGAGAAGGUCUUGUUGGAGGCAGAAAGGGAAAAUCAAGAGCUGCUGCUGGAGAGGAAGAAUAAGGAAGUGGGGAAACUCAUUGAAGAGACACAGAACCGUAUAAAGGACUUGACUGAGAACAUCGAUCAAGCAAAGGUGACUCUUCAACAAACUUCGACCUGGGUCAAUGUCAAGUUCUCCACCCUGAUAAAAAUCCUGGCUGAGAAGCAAGAGGCCACAGAGCUUUUCAUCGAUGAGCAGAGAGAGGCCGCCAUCACUGAGGCAGAGGCGCGGUUGGCUGAACUGGAGGAGCAUUCCCACAGACUCAAAGAGAGCCAGGACCAGAUAGCAGCUGUAAACAACCUCUCUGAUACGGAGCUCAUCAAGGAAUCCAUGCUGAUAGAAGUCCCACGUUUUAAGGUUAUCCCCACAGAUGUAACACCCAACCUUCAAGAUCGAUUGAACGGCGUCACCGACAUCCUGUCCCGCGUCUCCAAGCUGGUGUCUGAGGACCUGGAGAAAGCAGUGAGCACCGCAGUGGCUCAGGAGAAAGAUGGUUCUCCUCAGGAUAAGAGGCCUGUCGGAGCUGUGGUUCCCAGUCCAGCUGCUCCGUGCCACCCUGGUGGGAAGGAAGGCCUCAGCGCUUACCGAUGCGCUCUGACCUUUGACCCCCGCACGGCCAACGGGCACCUGUUUCUGUCUCAGGAGAACCGGAGGGCGGAGCACCUGACCUCUGGGCCCCGGCCCGUGCCGGUUCACGAGUCCCGCUUCGAUCACACCUGGCAGGUGCUCUGCUUUCAGGGCUUCACCCACGGGCAGCACUACUGGGAACUGGAGGUGUCCAAGCCCUGGGCCUACCUCGGGGUGACGUACGAGGCCAUCCCCAGGAAGGAGAAAGGCAAGCGGUGCAUGGUGGGUAUGAACGAACUUUCCUGGAGCCUGCAGCUUGACGAGCAUCAGCUCAGCGCCUGGCACAACAGCCGGAAGGAGACCCUGACGGGCCACUCGCAGCACAGACGCAUCGGCAUGCUGCUGGACUACGAGGCAGGGACGCUCACCUACUACGGUGACGGGCAGACCAGGCUGCACGCCUUCCACUGUGCCUUCACCAAGGAGCUGUUCCCCGCCUGCUGGAUAGGAGAGGGGGUCAGCAUCACCCUGUGCUCCACAUGAGCGUAAAUGUACAGAGACGUGAAGACGGGAGCUCAGUGAUAAGAAGCACUA